CGCAAAAUUAUACCCACGUUCGUGUGGUCGCUCGAGUUCUUUUUACUUCGCCACCAUGGGUAUCUCCAGAGACCAUUGGCAUAAAAGGCGAGAAACGGGUGGCAAGAGAAAGCCAAUCCGUAAGAAGAGGAAGUUCGAGUUAGGACGUCCCGCUGCCAACACCAAGCUUGGCCCUCAGCGUAUUCACACUGUACGUACAAGGGGAGGUAACAAAAAAUACAGAGCUCUGCGUUUGGACAUUGGCAAUUUUGCUUGGGGAUCUGAAGGCAGAGCACGCAAGACCCGUAUUAUUGAUGUUGUUUACAAUGCAUCGAACAACGAGCUCGUGAGAACCAAAACGUUGGUGAAGAACGCUAUCGUCACAGUUGAUGCUACUCCGUUCAGACAGUGGUACGAGGCUCACUAUGCUCUUCCCUUGGGACGCAAACGUGGAGCUAAACUAACUGAAGCUGAAGAAGAAGUCCUAAACAAAAAGAGAUCGAAAAAGUGUAUGUCAAAAUACAAAAAAAGACAGAAGGUUGCUAAAGUAGAACAGGGAUUGGAAGAUCAGUUUGCUACUGGUAGAGUUCUUGCUUGCAUCGCUAGCAGGCCAGGACAGUGUGGUAGAGCUGAUGGUUACAUUCUAGAAGGCAAAGAGCUGGAAUUCUACCUUAGAAAAAUUAAGAGCAAGAAGGCAAAAUAAUUUUGUAUUAUGAAAUAAAAUAAAAAUCGUUCAAUAAAGUU